CGAGUUCAUUCAGCGCGUGUCACGCAACACGUGCAUCUGCCACGGUGUUUUUUUUGGUGGCGCUUGUGUUUACAUCGUUGUCUACAGAAUUUGACUUAAACAUCUAAUAACAUUUUCUGUAGAAAAAAAACUAACAUAUCUACUGUAAAUGGGUGGGCUACAGAAAAAGAAGUAUGAGAGGGGCUCUGCCACCAACUACAUCACAAGGAACAAAGCUCGCAAGAAGCUGCAGCUGAGCUUGGCUGAUUUCAGGCGCCUGUGCAUUCUUAAAGGCAUCUACCCUCAUGAGCCCAAGCACAAGAAGAAAGUGAACAAGGGUUCCACGGCGCCCCGCACAUUCUACCUGCUCAAAGACAUCCGGUUCCUCCUGCACGAGCCCAUCGUUAGAAAGUUUAGGGAGUACAAGGUUUUUGUGCGCAAACUGAGGAAGGCCUAUGGAAAGGCAGAGUGGACAGGGGUGGAGAGACUCCGGGACAACAAGCCUGGCUAUAAACUGGACCACAUCAUCAAGGAAAGGUACCCCACGUUCGUCGAUGCCCUGCGUGAUAUUGACGAUGCCCUCUCUAUGUGCUUCCUGUUCUCCACCUUUGCCCGCACGGGGAAGUGCCAUGUCCAGACCAUCACGCUUUGUCGGCGGCUGUCUGUGGAGUGGAUGAACUACAUAAUCGCAUCUCGCUCUCUUAAAAAGGUCUUCCUGUCCAUCAAGGGGAUUUACUACCAGGCAGAAGUCCUUGGACAAGUUAUCACCUGGCUGGUGCCUUAUCAGUUUGCCCAUGAUCAUCCGACAGAUGUGGACUACAGAGUAAUGGCCACCUUCACAGAGAUGUACACCACCCUCUUAGGCUUCGUCAACUUCCGCCUCUACCAAACUCUCAACCUGGUGUACCCGCCCAAGCUGGACAGCAAGGCGGAGUCGGAGCUGAAGGCAGAGCAUGAGGCGGACUACGCCAUGGACUCUGAGAGCUACCUGGAGAAACUGUCAGCUCUGAGUGCCAGCCUGGCGCGAGUGGUAGCCACUGCCGAAGAGGAGGAAAACCAGAUGGACCAGUUUCCAACCGAGGGGGAGGACCAGGAGAACCUGGAGGCCAGAGAGAAGGAGCAGAAAGAGCAGGAGGCCCAUAAGAGGCUUUUCGAGGGGCUCAAGUUCUUCCUGAACAGGGAAGUUCCCAGAGAGUCACUGGCUUUUAUCCUGAGGUGUUUUGGUGCCGAGGUGUCCUGGGACCAGUCCCUCUGCAUAGGUGGAACCUACGACGUGACCGAUGAGAGCAUCACCCAUCAGAUUGUAGACCGGCCCAACAUGGACAAGCAGUACAUCAACAGGUACUACAUCCAGCCCCAGUGGGUGUUUGACACGGUCAACGCCAAGAUGCUCCUGCCCGUUGAGGACUACUUCAUCGGGGUGACGCUGCCGCCGCACCUGUCGCCCUUCGUGGAGGAGAAGGACGGUGACUACGUGCCCCCUGAGAAGCUGAAGCUCAUGGCUCUGCAGCGCGGAGAGAAGCCUGGACAAGAUGAUGAGGAAGACGACGACGAUGAUGAUGAUGACGACGAGGAGGAGGAGGAGGAGGAGGACGACGAUGACGGCGACGAUGACGAGUUAACUGAGGAGAGGAAUCUGAAGAAAAUGGAGAAUCAGCGAGCCCAGGGCAAGACUCUAGCAGUAAAGGUGACCCCCGGUAAAGUCAGACCCUGGGAAACUGGCUCUGUGGGGAACCGUGUGCGUCUGGAGCAGGAGGAGAAGGCGGAGGAAAAGCGUCUGGCCAUCAUGAUGAUGAAGAAGAAGGAGAAGUACCUGUAUGACAAAAUCAUGUUUGGCAAGAAGAGGACAGUCCGAGAGGCAAACAAACUGACUGCCAAGAGAAAGGCCCACGAAGAUGCCAGCAAGGCAGAGAAGAAGGCCAAGAAACAGUAGCCACCGAACUGUGGAUAUUCAUCAAGGACUGGUGAUGAUUUUUACAGUUGUGAGACUCAUGAGUUUGUUUGUAAAAGAAAGUGUGCAUGUUUCCCAUGGGGAAUGGGAUGCGUGUUAAUAUCAGGUCACAUGUUGACUCCCUCUGACUUCAUUGUUCCAAAAGAUUUUCCACCUGGCUUGUCAACAGUUGUGAUGUGAAUUUCUGUUCUUAUUUGAACUCUUAUGCUGGUCUGGACUGUUUAGGUUCCUGAACAAUAUUUCCAUGUUUCACCCUCUUUUAAACUAUUAUGUGUAAUUAAAUGGGGUUCUGUAUUCUUCAGUA